AUGUCCGCAACUCCAAUCGCGAGGUGGGGUGUCGGCCUCUCGGCCGCCGUGGCAGUCGUCGCCCUGGCGGUCGUGCGCCUCCAACAGCCUCUGACGGGCGACAUUGCUGACACCCAGACGCAUUGCUACCAGGGUGUCCGGACGCACGACGAGGACCAGCCUCUGGCCCAGUGCUUCACGGUCUCGGGCGGGAGGUUCACUCGCGUGUUUCCUUGGGACGACGCCAGCUUGACUACCAAGGCUGGCUACAUCAUCCCCGGAAUUUGGGAUGGCCACGGCCAUCUGGCACAAUACGGCGAGUUCCUCUACUCAGCCGACUUGUUUGGGUCAUCUUCGCUGGACGACGUGAAGGGACGUCUCAGGCUCUAUGUUGAUAGCCACGCCGAUGCAGGCACCAAAGACGAAUGGAUUCGGGGCGUUGGUUGGGACCAGAAUACGUAUGGCAGGAUGCCCACUGCCGCGGAUAUCGAAGAAGAUGAACUCCUCAAGGGGAAGUUUUUCAUGCUCGACCGAAUUGACGUGCACUGCACCUGGGUCUCGCAGGCGGUGCUCGAUCUCCUGCCCGCAGACAUCCCCGAUGUCCCGGGCGGUGAAAUCGUCCGCGAGCCGGGCAUGGGUGUCUUCUGCGACAAUGCCAUGGACCUGAUCUACAACUUGUGGCCCCAGCCCGGCCCCGAGAAGAAGAAGGCCUUUGUCGCGGCGGCCAUGGCGAAGCUCAACGAGUUCGGCCUGGUUGGCAUCCACGACGCGGGCGUCUUCCCGGACCAGCUCGACCUGUACGCCGACAUGGCGCGCACGGAUGACUGGACCGUUCGUGUGUACGCCAUGCUGGAGUGCGCCCAGCGCAACACCUUCUGCCCCGAUGACGCCGCGCGCGUCUUCCGCGAGGAUGACAUGUUUAGCGUUAAAUCUGUGAAGCUCUUUGCAGACGGCGCCCUUGGUAGCUGGGGGAGCGCUAUGAUCGAGCCAUACAACGACCGUCCCGACACCGCCGGCUCUCUUCUCGUCAACGGCUCGACCUUGAAGCAGCUCGGCAGGUCUUGGGCAUCCGUCGGCUACCAGGUCAACAUCCACGCCAUCGGCGACCUGGCCAACCGCUACGCCGUUGACGCCCUCGAGGCCGGCCUCCGAGAUGCUUGUCCAACCGGAGACCUCGCCAAGUGCCAAGCCAAACGACGCUUCCGCAUCGAGCAUUCACAAAUCAUCCACGAGGACGACCAGAGGAGGAUCCACGCCAUCGGGAUCAUCCCCUCCAUCCAGCCGACGCACGCGACGUCGGACAUGAAGUACGCCGAGCUGCGCCUGGGCCCGGAGCGGACCAAGAAGGAAGCCUACCGCAUGCGCUCCCUCCUCGACGUCAACCCCAUUCUCGGCAGCGACUUCCCCGUGGAACCGCCCAACCCAUUCCAGGGCAUCUACGCUGCCGUCGCACGGAAGAGCCCCCACACGGGGUAUGGCGUGAACGGCAGCGUUGAGGGGUGGCACACGGAGGAGGCCCUGAGCCUGGACGAGGCCUUGCUCGGGUUCACAAAGGGUCCGGCUUUCGGUGCCUUCAUGGAGGGGCGGGCUGGCGUGAUCAAGGAGGGCGCCUUUGCAGACUGGGUGGUGCUAGACGAGCCGCUCGAGAACAUGGACAUCGAAGAUAUUCGGGACCUGAAGGUCAAGGAGACAUGGGUUGGGGGGAAGCUGGUCUACGAACGCGCUCACGAUUAG